ACAAACACAGUUGACUGAUAGCAAGCUAUAUGUUAUAUGUGCUGCGCCAAACUGCCGCUGAUAACCUAAAGAAUGGCCGCGGUACGCAAAUUCGCCCGGUUUACGGAGAAGGCGAAGAUUCUGAGUAAAUGCUAUUAUGCCAGUCAGAAUGGCAUUGCGGGAUCCUUUUGCACGAUGGUACAACAACCACAAAAGAUUCGGAGUUUGAUGAAGUUCAGUCUGAUUGGCGUGGCUACCGGCACCGUCAUAGGCGCAGGUUAUGCCUACUACAAGAUCAGCGAAGACCGAAAGAACAUCGCCUUGGAAGGAACACAGAAGGAGACUGUACUGCUUAAACAUAAACCACCCGUCACACCAUCCCGGAAGGUCGUCUUCCCGGUGGACUCUACUGGUUUGAAGCUUACAUUGUAUCAAUAUCAAACUUGUCCUUUUUGCUGUAAAGUUAGAGUAUUCUUGGAUUAUUAUGGAAUAUCUUAUGAUGUUGUGGAGGUGGAUCCAGUACUUCGUAAAGAAAUCGGAUGGUCUUCAUAUAAAAAGGUUCCGAUUCUUUUGACCAAAGUGGAAGAGGGUUAUCAGCCCUUGAAUGACAGUACUAUGAUAAUUUCGCUCCUUGCAUCCUAUUUGCAUGAUACAUCUUACAAGAUUGAAGACUUGGCAAAUUAUUAUCCAAGCAUAGCCAUGCAUGACGAACAUGGCAAAUUUAAAUACGAGAUCAUAAAUAAGUAUUUCCUUAUGUUCAAUAAGCAGCUUCCAAAAAAUAGAUCGAUGAAUGAUAUUACUGAGGAACGCAAUUGGAGGAAAUGGGUAGAUGAGGUUUUCGUUCAUACUCUUUCGCCAAACGUCUACAGAACCUUCAAUGAAUCUUACAAAACUUUCAAUUGGUUUUCAGAUGUCGGCAAAUGGGAGGAGUACUUCCCAACAUGGGAGCGAUUGUUAAUAGUAAAUGUGGGUGCGACAGCAAUGUGGUUGAUAGGAAAAAGGCUCAAAAAGAGGCAUCGUCUAAAAGAUGAUGUGCGACAAUCAUUGUAUGAUGAAGCAAAUCAUUGGCUGCGCGCUAUUAAAGUGCGUGGCACUACAUUCAUGGGCGGCAACAAACCUAAUUUAUCCGAUCUUGCGAUGUACGGUGUUUUGAAAAGUAUCGAAGGCUGUGAUGCUUUUCAAGAUUUGCUGACCCAUACGAAAAUCAGUGUUUGGUACGACGCUAUAAAAGAGCAAGUUGAUACACAUUCUGGUAGCGCGAAUUUAAGUAGAUAAUAUAUUGGCCAUGUGUAUAGAGAUAUUUAUUUACAUAAUAAAUACUUAUGCCUA